AUGGUCGAGGACCCAGGAGAGGAUAACCACAGAGAUGAAGAUCUGGACCCUCUGCAUGGAGAAUAUGACGAAGAGGAGUACGAGGAAGCUGAAAGAGAAAGACAGGCUGAAUACUAUAGACUCCAGGAACAGCAACCCCAACAUGCUCUUCUCUCGGCCAGCAUAUUUGGCCAAUGGUCAGUACCUCAGACAAGCCGCCUUCCACCAUCACCAAUUGCUCAAUCUCCGCUGACAUUUGAGCAAAUGUUUGGUCAUACUCCACCAUCCCAUUUCUACAACCAACCCGUACCUUCUCCACAACAAUACGUGCCUUUGCCAGAACCAGAAAAUCAACCAGCACCCUUGCCAGCACCAGCCAAGCCACCACCUGCACCUGCCAAGCCAGCAGCCAAUCAACCAGCACCCUUGCCAGCACCAGCCAAGCCACAUGCCAAGCCACCACCUGCACCUGCCAAGCCAUGUCGACCUCUUGAUUGGUCACCUCCAUCAAACCACCAUCUGGACACGUAG